AUUUUUCUUUCGGAGUAGAAAUUUUAUCUUGCGUGUAGUUUUGUUUGAGUUCGAUACUUUAAAUGUCGAACGUUGUGCUUGAAGACCCUGACAGAGCCACUGAGGCUGAUGCAGAAGAAGAUGCGGACGAAAAACCGAAAAAUUCACGAAAAAAGAAGAAAACCAAGCGAUCGAGAAAGCCGUCCCAGGGAAUUUCGGAUGGUGUAGAUGGCUCUCCAGAAGAUUGCAGUGACAAAGGAUCCCCUGAUGUGAAAGACGGUGCCGCCGGAGAUGAUUCUCAGGACAAAUCCGGCGCUGCAGACGGUGCGGCAGAUCUUGCCGAGGUUCUUCAGACAGCUUGUUCAGUUUUGAAAAUAUCCGAUCAAAAAAUGAUUUCCGACUGGAAGAGUUUCGAAGUGGAUCAAUUCGGGCCACCUAAGGAGCACCUGUUCUGGAAUACUCAGCCUGUUCCGAAAAUAACUGAAAAAGUGGACGAGUGCGGGAAAUUACGUUCCCGUCGGGUUGCGCCUGUUCUGAUCAAAGAAAUCACACGCAGAGUGAAUCUGAAGGGAAUCUUUCAAGCGAUUUAUACUGCCGGAGUGGUGAUACCGAAGCCCUUCUCCGUAUGCCGGUACUGGCAUAGAAGCUUGAAUCCGAAGAAACUGAUCGACGUCCAAUUUUCUCAUUUGGGGCGAAACAUGACGCUUCAAAGGACAAUCAAACUCUACAGACUUCCCGAGGACACGAAAACGCCUGGAUUCCGUGAGAUGAAAGCUGCCGAUAUUGCGCCUGCGAGGAAGCUUUUACAAGAAUAUUUGAAGAAAUUCGAUUUAUCGCCAACAUACGACGAAAACGAGUUUCGGCACUGGUUUAUGCCGCGCACUGACAUCAUAAACUCAUUUGUCGUUGAGAACGAUAAAGGCGAAAUCACAGAUUUCGUUAGUUUCUAUACACUACCGUCCACUGUGAUGCACCAUCCAACAUACAAUAGUCUGAAAGCAGCCUAUUCAUUUUACAACGUUUCUACGGUGACUCCGUGGCCUGAUCUCAUGCAGGACGCCCUAAUAACUGCGAAGAAGCUUGGAUUUGAUGUUUUCAAUGCUCUUGACUUGAUGGACAAUGAAGCUUUCCUUGAAAAGUUGAAGUUUGGUAUUGGAGACGGAAAUUUGCAUUACUACCUGUUCAAUUACAAAUGCCCCGGGAAUCAUUACGACCUGUUUCCCCGUGCCUUGGGUGAAAUUCUCACCAAGUCUUCGGUAGAGGAGGUUCACCUGAGUCUAACAAAAGGACUGUGGAGAACUUCGCAAUGGGGUUACUCGUCCCGACCGGCGCCCAAUGGUGCUCAGCUUUGGGCAUGGUUCGAACCGUCAGUUAAUGUCUCACAAGUAGAUAACAAAUGGGUCGAAUUGACCGAUGCUUUGGCCGGCUUGAUGUGCGCAUCCUUGAGAGCUGUUGGUUUUGAUACAAUCACACCAAAGGCUUCCUUCAGGCCUACUGCUGAUUCUCUCAAGAUUGGCGAAAACCCUCACUUAAUACGGUAUUCGUCUCUUCCGCGGGAGACUUUCUGUACGGAAAACCUGACGCCAUGGGCGAAGAUUCUUCCGUGUGAUGUCAAGAGUGGUAUUGGAUCUCUACUGCAUGCUGCUCAUCUGUUUGAGUCCGCGUAUCACUCCCUCGCCAUUGAUUUUGUGCGGAAUCCAAGAGAUGGGGACUCCUCCAAGAUUUGGUUGUCGUUUAGCUUCUCCGUGGUGCACAGUUCUCUUCUAUUGAAUAACAACGCAAUGAAAACCUGGUCGCUUAAAAGUCUAUUCGGCACGAUUCCGACCUCUUCUUGCGACGUGGCAGCAUCAUCCAAAAUCUUGGUCGACUCGGACUUUGACCCGAUGGGGGAUUUCAUCUUGGCACCGCCACCUUCGUCUGUCUCGACUAUGCAUGGAAGAAAAAUAGCUGUGUAUGAAUUGGUAAAUAUGCUGAGGACAGGUUCCGACAUGAAUAUCCGAGCAGCGUAUCGCGACGUCCUUGAUCUGAAUGCGGUUGCUGGUCUUCCUGCCCCUCCACUGACCGUUUCUAGAUAUAUCACUGGAUACGGUUUGGAAAGAGGCGGAGUAAAAACGGAAAUUCGAUAUGCUGCCAGCGAAGAAAACUCGGCAUCUUUGGUAUACCUGCAGUAUUUCCCGUGGUAUAUCCGAGUGUAUUUGCAUACACUGAAAGUGAGGAUCGAAGGAGUUACUCUUGAACCUGAUGAGGUCUUCUUCUCACCUGGGCGUGAUCGCAAGCGUCCUCAUGUGAUCGAGUUGAAGCUGAAGAUUCCGAGUAACAAGAAGUGCACUGUUGAGAUAGAAUUCGAAAGGGCUUUAUUGAAAUGGACAGAGUACCCUCCAGAUGCAAAUCAUGGAUUUUAUAUCCCUGCUGGAGUCAUUUUCGCUCGAGUAUCGGCGAAUUCAUUGCGUCCUCCGCAGUUUAACGUUUCCUCCAUGAUACCCAUGUCGAGCGUGGAGGUUAAUGAUGAUCACGCGGAGAUGAUUAUUUAUACGGAAACCUUGCUGGUGUCCUUGCCUACUCCGGAUUUCAGCAUGCCUUAUAACGUGAUUUGCCUGGCGUGUACUGUGGUGGCUUUGGCGUUUGGGCCGCUGCACAACAUAACCACAAAGCGAUUGACUGAAGUGACAAGUGACCAGAGCCAAAAAGGGAUCAUUUCUCGACUAAAAAGCUUUUUUCGGAAGAAAACGGAAUCAGAUGAGGUACGGAAAGUCUCACUUGACGACGGCGUGGACUCAGAAGUUAUCGAGCCAGGGUCAAGAGCCGAUGAUUGAACGCUCGAAGUGUUCGCAAAUGGAAGAUCCGAAAGAGCGGUGGAUUUGCAUUCAAAUUACCUGUGAUGCUCCUCGUUUUAUACGUUCGUUGUAUGAAUCUUCACCUUGAGGGUAAAUGGAGUGUUUCCUGUA